AUGGACGAAGAAGCAUCAUCUGGAUAUGCAUGGGAAGGUGCAUUAGAACGUAGUUGGGAUGUAAUUGAAGAAGAUGAUGCUGGUAAUCUUAAGAUUGAUCAAGCAGUUAAGAAUCAACAUCGUCAGCGACGAUUAGAAAUUGCCCGUAAUGUACGUAAAGGAUUGAUUCGUUAUACGUACGUGGUGAUGGAUUUAUCUCGAGGUAUGGCCAAUAAGGACUGGAAACCACAUCGAUUGGCUUGUACCAGCAAUGUCUUACAGCAAUUUGUCAAGGAUUACUUUGAUCAGAACCCCAUUUCUCAAUUAGGAGUCAUUGGGAUUAAAGGGAUGAUUGCUGAAAAGCUCAGUGAACUAUCAGGCAACCCAAAGACCCAUAUUGAACGUAUUGCUGCCGCUCUAGCAGUAGAUAAAGAACCAUCAUUGCAAAAUGCUUUGGAUAUUGCCAGAAGUUCAUUAAAAACAGUGCCGUCCUAUGGCAGCCGAGAGAUUGUGGUAGUCUAUGGUAAUCUAGUGACGGCCGAUCCUGGUGAUAUCUUUCAGACACUCGCGUCGUUGAAGAGAGAAAACGUUCGUGUAUCAUUUAUCGGUAUUGGAGCAGAAAUGAGUUUGCUUCGUCGCAUUGCCGACGGCACAGAUGGCACGUACCAUGUCGCGAUAGAUGCUGACCACAUGAAGAGACUUAUGACGGCAUUUACGUUCCCAUCGCCUACGGUAGCGACAGCAGCUUCGCGUUUUGCUAAGCUAGUCGAGAUGGGGUUUCCACAGCGUCGCAGUGGUGCGCUGUCCCUCUGCACGUGCCACCAGGCUUUUACGACGGUAGGUUACCUGUGUCCGCGCUGUAAAUCCAAGAGCUGUGAUCUGCCAACAACAUGCCAAGUCUGUAACUUGCCGCUAGUGUCGUCGCCACAUCUUGCGCGAUCGUAUCACCAUUUGUUUCCGGUGGCCAAGUUUACUCAGCACUUGCUGCGGUCUCGAUCAACUGGUGAAAUAGGAGCCAAGGUCACACCAACCUUAGUGCAGAAGAAAUGCUUUGGCUGUUUACUCCCGCUUGGACUGGAUAGUGAAGGUGUUGCAUACGAGUGCACAACUUGUCAAAGUAUUUUCUGCAAUGAGUGUGAUAUCUACGUGCAUGAUUCACUGCAUAAUUGUCCAGGCUGUAGUUAA